AUGGAAGAAGAAGAAGGCCAAGAUGCGCUAGUCGACUACGACAGCGAUAGCAGCUUUAUCACGGUAAUAGAUAGAGAAGCAAAAGAUAAAAACGAGGAGACAGUAAGAAAAGAUAGAGAAGCAAAAGACAAGAAGGAGACUGAAGCAAAGGGUGCAAUCCCGAAACGCGGCAAACCAAAGAUAAUAGAAAACAUAGAUGUGAAUAGAGAAUGGGCUGAAAAUUGUCCUGUACUACCUAUAGGGACAAAGAUACUUUACGAGAAACAAGAAAAGAUGGUUGAGAAAAUGGACAAUUCGAUGCAGAUGCUGGAUAAAGUAAUGAAGAAGGCCACCGAGAUGAUGGAGAAUAUGGUGGAAGUCUCCCGUUUAAACUUAGAGAAAGAAAAAGUUAAACUUAGACGUUUAGAGUUAGAAGCAGAGACUAAAAACGAGAAUAGAGAAAAAUUAGAGAAACCCGAAGUCAGGGUACAGAGGGCUGCUGCAGAAGAGAACAUGAAACAAGUGAAAUGCUACAGAUGCAACCGAAUGGGUCAUAUGGCAAAGGACUGUCCACUAAUAGAAUUUGGUGCCUGGUUUUGUUACUACUGCCAGGAAGUACGAGGUCACAAGGGUGAUAAUUGUCCGAGUGCCGAAGCCCAGGCGAACAGAGCUAGAGGAAAAAGGUAUUUAAAUAAAACCGUUAAUAAAAACAUAAAGAAAAAGGGUAGAUUUGUGCAAAAAGGCACAAAAAGAGUAGAUAACAAAGGGAAAAUAACCAAGAUACAACCAGCUGAGAAACCUAUAUCAACGAAAACAGCAAAUGAAGGAGAAUCAGAAGAAGGUAAAUAAUACAUGGUUAAAUUAAUAGAAGAUAGAGAUAGUUCAAAAGAGGUAGUCAAUUUUACUGCAGAUUCGGGUGCUACGGAUCAUAUUGUGAAUAAGAAUUUUAUUCUGUCAAAGUUUGAAAAAUGUAAAGAUAGAGUUAUUAAAUGCGGGAAUAAAAAUGAGCUUGCAAACAUUUCAAUAGAUGGUAAAGGAGAUCUUACGCUAAUAACAAAUGAAAAAGAAAAGAGAGUCAUUAAAUUAACAAAUGUAAUUGCAGCAAAGA